AAAACAUGAAUGAAAAACAAGUUCCGAACACGAACCCGCUGUACAUAAACAAACAUAACAAGAGUAGUACAGGGAAGGACGGAACACGAAACACGAGGACUGUGGUCCAACUGUAGUUGGGGAUGGUGAUAUUGAUCCAGAUUUGAUGUCUUUCCUUAAUGCAAAAAGAAGAGAAGAUCGGCUUACAAAGAUAGUCACCUAUACCACAGACCUGGCUCCUCGAUGUGUCCUAAAUCUUCUUGAGAAAAAGGGAUGGUCUGUGGUGUCCAGCACUGGUUUUGAGCAUACUUGUGUCUGGACUCCUCAUAAUGAUGAAUAACAAGCUCUGCAAAAGCAUACUUCUUUUUAUUUCACUGUCUUGCUAACAUUUAAAUUAUUAGGAGAAUGUGCUUAUGUAUUUGGUAAUUAAAAUAAACCUUCUUUACGCUAUUAAGUGAUUAACUUACAGGUAAAAAAGUGAACUAUAAUAGUCAUAUUACUUCUAACUUUGCACUGUAAAGAUGACUAACCGAAUUGCUGAUAUUGAGGAUUUGUUGCCUCCUAAACCUCAAGCUCCUCAGCCUAGGGACUGUUGUGGCAGUGGCUGUUGCCCAUGUGUGCAUGAUAUUUAUGAGGAAGAUCUAAGGAGAUGGAAGAAACAAUGCAAGCGUAUUCGCGAAGGAGGGCUAGAUGAAGCACCUGUGGAAGGGGCACUCCAACCAGAUAAAUGGAAAGAAUUUGAGAUCGUAAAAAUAAAAGAAAUUUAUUCUGACUGCAUUUGUUAUACAUUCAAGCUACCAGAGGGUAAAAAUUUAGGGCUUAGCAUUGGCCAGCAUUUAAUUGUUAAGCAGAUAAAGAAUGGUAGGACAGUGAUUAGGCAAUAUACCCCAAUAUCAGAUAUUUCUGAAAAAGGAUCAUUUGAUGUGCUAAUAAAAAUCUAUCCUAAUGGCAAGAUUACUCAAUUAAUUAAAGAUUGGAAAGUGGGAGAUAACAUUCCUUGGAGGGGUCCAUUUGGUAAUUUUUCAUACAAGACAAAUAGUUACAAAAGGAUUCUCAUGCUAGCAGCUGGGACAGGGAUUGCACCUAUGUACCAAAUUAUAAAAGCAAUUGUGGAUAAUGAUCAAGAUGAAACCUUUAUUAAAUUGUUAUAUUCAUCUAAGAGCAUUUCAAAUAUUCUUUUGAGGGAAGAACUUUUAACAUUAUGCCAAUUUUGGAACUUUACUAUGACUCAUUACCUAAGUGAUGUGGAUGAUUUUGGAAUGAAGAAAUACAAUGAAACCAUGUUAACAAGGAAGUUGACUAAAGAUGAUGUAAAAAAUGAAUUGCUUCAAGCCCCAUUAGAUUCUACUCUAGUUCUAGUGUGUGGGACCAGGUCAUUUGACAAGGACAUGGUAAAUGCUGCCAAAGAUGCCCAGGUGCAAGAUAAAGAUAUUUUCAAAUUUUGAGAUUAUUUGAGCAUUUUUAUUUUUUUUAAUUGUAUUUUGAUACUUCAGGAAAAUAUUGUAUGUGGGUAAAAUGAUGGUAAGUGCAUUGCCUGAUUAUGCAGUGUCUUCCAGAAUGAGCUAGGAUCUGUGUAUUUAAGACAAUAAAGUGAUUGUAUAUUC